CCGGUCGUGUUUUUACAUCUGUAAUUUACAUACGAGUACCAAAAUGUUCAAAUUAGUAAGGGGUGUGCGGAGAUUAAGCGUUCAGUGCCGGUAUAACAGCCACGCUACUGUUAUAGGUACAGAGCCGAACAAAAGUGACCCCUACUACCAAGAAAAUAGAAUAAAAAUGGACGAGUUGAUUAAUGAGCUCCGAUUGAAAACAAGUGAAACAAUUAAAGGUGGCCCAGAAGAUGCAGUAAAGAGGCACACGGCGAGAGGAAAACUGCUCGUGAGGGACAGGAUUAACCGGUUGGUGGACGAAGGCAGCGACGUUUUGGAACUGAGCACUUUGGCUGCCACCGGAAUGUAUAAGGGGCAAGUGCCGAGCGCCGGCAUCGUCACAGCUAUCGGCAAAGUUCACGGUCGCGAUUGCAUGAUAGUCGCCAACGAUGCCACUGUCAAAGGAGGAACCUAUUUUCCUAUAACAGUUAAGAAACAUCUUAGAGCUCAAGCGAUCGCUCAGGAAUGCCGUUUGCCUUGUAUUUAUCUGGUAGACUCGGGUGGCGCCCACUUGCCUGACCAAGCUGAUGUGUUCCCUGAUAAAGAACACUUUGGUAGAAUAUUCUACAAUCAAGCUAACAUGUCCGCGGAAGGCAUACCUCAAAUAUCGGUUGUUAUGGGGUCUUGUACGGCAGGUGGUGCAUAUAUUCCUAGUAUGUCAGACGAGAGCAUUAUUAUCAAAAACCAAGGAACGAUUUUCUUGGCUGGACCCCCUUUAGUAAAAGCAGCUACAGGUGAAUCGGUGACCGCAGAAAAUUUAGGUGGAGCAGAUUUACAUUGCCGACAAUCUGGAGUUACCGACCAUUAUGCGCAAGACGACGAACACGCUCUACAUCUCGCUAGGAAUGCCGUCGCUAAUUUGAACUGGAAUAACGAACAGAGGACUAGAAUUUAUGCUCCUAUUGUUGAAGAGCCAGUACAUAAUAUUGAUGAUCUGCAUGGUAUAGUUGGAGCAAAUAUUCAAAGACCUUUUGACAUACGAGAAGUAAUAGCUAGAGUCGUAGAUGGAAGUCGUUUCCAUGAAUUCAAACAGCUUUACGGAGAGACUUUGGUAUGCGGAUUUUCUACUUUAUACGGUCACCCAGUAGGUAUAAUAGGUAAUAAUGGUGUAUUACAUUCAGAAUCGGCGUUAAAAGGAUCUCAUUUCAUUCAACUAUGUGCUUCUAGAAAAAUUCCUCUGUUAUUCCUUCAAAACAUUACUGGUUUCAUGGUUGGCAGAGACGCAGAAGCUGGUGGUAUUGCCAAAAACGGAGCCAAGAUGGUGACAGCAGUGAGUUGUUUCAAGGGCCCAAAAAUCACAGUCAUCGUUGGAGGCAGUUUCGGUGCUGGUAACUACGGAAUGUGUGGUCGAGCAUACUCGCCUAGUUUCCUUUAUAUGUGGCCCAAUGCCAGAAUAUCUGUAAUGGGCGGUCCUCAGGCAGCUACUGUGUUGUCUUUGGUUGCGAAGGAGAAAGUUUUAAGGGAAAACAAACCUUGGACUGAUGAGGAUGAAAAGAAAAUUAGAGGACCUUUAGAAGCUCAAUUUGAGAGCGAAGGGCAUCCUUUCCACAGCACAGCGAGGCUUUGGGAUGACGGUAUUAUUAUUCCUAAAGAUACAAGAAGAGUCAUUGGACUUAGUUUAUCGGCUGCAUUAAAUGCGCCAUUUAGAGACAGUAAAUUCGGUGUAUUCAGAAUGUGAUGUGAUUUAAUGAAAAAACUGUUACGUAUCGAUAAAAAAAUAGGUACAUUAUGUGAUAACAGAAAUUAUUUGUUUGUUAAUUUGGAGUUAUCUAAUCUGAGGAAUGAAUGCUGUUGCUAAUGUUAAAUUUGAUCAAAAUAGGUGUGUAAAUGACGUAACUUCUUUUUUAUAUUAAAUUGUAAAGUAAAAGUGUGUGAAACGGUUAAUUUUGUUGAAAUGUUGCCUCUUCAACUUUAACAUUUCUAAACAGUCUAUUUGUAAUUUCUAAACGGUCGUAAAAGCUACUAUCAUUCCGACAUUUAAAAAUUUCGAACAUACCAGACACUUUAAAUGCUCAAACAUUUAACUAUAAUGUUUAUUUUACGUAAAUCAGCUCUGACUAUCAUGUUACUUACAUUUCUUGUCAGGUGUCACAGUUUCAAAAUGUUGGUCAGAUUAAUAACUUUUCCGAUCAAAAGAUU